CACAUAAGGAGAUAAGUCCCAGGUUAUCAUAAAGCUCUUCGAUUCGGUGGACGACGCGAACGCGGCCCCUCCAGGCAUCUAUCCUCCAGCAGGAUGUCUCAAUCCUUACGGCCAUACCUUCAAUGCGUUCGAUCCUCCUUGACCGCCGCUCUUGCUGUAUCAAACUUUGCCUCACAGACCUCAGAAAGGCACAAUGUCCCUGAAAUCGAAGCCGCUACUUCGCCGGAGCUUCUCCUCAACCCCCUAACGAUUGCACGUAACGAGAACGAGAAGGUUCUUAUCGAACCUAGUGUGAAUAGUGUUCGAGUCAGCAUUCGAAUUAAACAGGCUGAUGAGAUUGAGCACAUCUUAGUACACAAGUUCACUCGUUUCCUAACGCAGCGAGCGGAGGCGUUCUUUAUCCUGCGAAGAAAACCCGUAAAGGGUUACGAUAUAUCCUUCUUGAUAACGAAUUUCCACACCGAAGCCAUGUUAAAGCAUAAGCUGGUAGACUUCAUCAUACAAUUUAUGGAAGAAGUGGACAAAGAAAUCUCCGAGAUGAAACUUUUUUUAAAUGCAAGGGCGAGAUUUGUCGCAGAGUCCUUUUUGACACCAUUCGAUUAGUAUUUUUUAUGAUUAGCUAUUACCUCAGCGCAAAUAUUCACGGAAUUUAUGCAACCAUAAGUGUCCGGGCAGAGAUGUCCCGGGUACCGAUAUCUGUGAUCUGCCACAUCUCUCUGACUAUGUCCUUUAUUGAACCGCUUGGUCAAUAAUGCCAGGAUCCCAUGUCAAAUUUCUAGUACCAAAUUCAAAAUAUUCGAUAAACUGAUA